UCUUAAGCGUCUACGUGUACACUCAUUAUAACAACAAAAUGUGAAAAUAAUAUUGUAAAAUAAUGAAACCAAACAUGAUUCUAUUUCUGCUGUAUCAGUCACUGUGAACUUGAGUGUGUCAAAAAUGAACCAACAACCCUUUGCCUCACAGACAUGGGAAAUCUGGGUAUGUUUGUUUAACUCCACCCAUAAACAUGAUGGGAGCAGUGAAAUGUACAGAAUUACAACAAGAUCAUGAAAUCUGAAAUUGUCUUCUGCUUCCUUCAGUUUUUUGAAAAGUCCUGCUGCACAGGAAGCGUGUGAGUAUCUCACUAAAGUUCUGGGUACAAGUCCAUUACUACUGACAGAACUGGAUCUGAGUGAAGAUAAAUUAGGAGAUCUGGAUGGAGAGAAACUUUCUGCCCUUUUGAUGGACUCCCAUAGUAAACUGGAGACAAUGAAGCUGAAUAAUUGUGAGCUGACAGAGAAAAGCUGUUCAGUUCUAGCUACUGUUCUCUCCUCCAAAACCAUCCUGAAAGAGAUGAACCUGAAUAACAGUCGCCUGCUGAACUCAGGAGUCAAAGAGAUCUGUGAGGGACUGAAGAAUCCUGUGUGUGAGCUGAAGAUACUUAAACUUUCAGACUGCAGUAUCACUGAAGAAGGUUAUAAAGCUCUGGCUUCAGCUCUGAGAUCAAACCCUUCACACCUGAUAGAGCUGGAUCUCACAGGAAAUGAUCCUGGACAAUCAGGAGUGAAGCAGCUCAGUGAUUUACUACAGGAUACAAACUGUCAGCUGAAGACCAUCAGGUGAUUAAAACCUUCAAUUACUUAUUACAAUUG